AUGGUUCAGAAAGACAAAAUAAUCGAAUCGACACUGUCAGAAAGUGAAGCCAAUCCAGUGCCAAGCGAAGCUGUCGCGGAUUCGCAGUGUCCCGUGGACGAGCCCAGUGUCGGGGUUGAGCGAACAGGCCGCAGGAAGUUCAUCACUGGGGUGGUGGAGGGCUUCUAUGGACGACCAUGGACUAUGGAACAAAGGAAAGAGCUUUUCAGGAGGCAGCAGAAAUGGGGUUUGAACACCUAUCUGUAUGCCCCAAAAGAUGACUACAAACACAGAAUGUUUUGGAGAGAAAUGUAUUCUGUUGAGGAAGCAGAACAACUCACAACUUUAAUAAGUGCUGCUAAAGAGCAUGGGAUUGAGUUCAUUUAUGCCAUUUCCCCUGGCCUGGACAUUACGUUCUCAAAUCAGAAGGAAGUGUCAACACUCAAAAGGAAGUUAGACCAGGUCUCUCAUUUUGGGUGCAAGUCCUUUGCCUUACUUUUUGAUGACAUUGAUCAUAACAUCUGUCCAGCUGACAAGGAGGUAUUCAGCUCCUUUGCACAUGCUCAAGUGUCUAUCACCAAUGAGAUCUUCCAAUAUUUGGGAGAACCUGAAAUAUUUGUAUUUUGCCCCACAGAGUAUUGUGGAACAUUUUGUUAUCCAAAUGUGUCUCAAUCGCCUUACCUGCGCACAGUAGGUGAAAAGCUGCUUCCUGGUAUUGAGGUGCUGUGGACAGGUCCCAAGGUAGUUUCUAAAGACAUUACUGUUGAAUCUAUUGAAGAAGUCACAAAGAUACUGAGGAGAGCUCCUGUCAUCUGGGACAAUAUUCAUGCUAAUGACUACGAUCAGAAGAGACUUUUCUUGGGGCCUUAUAAAGGCAGGUCCACAGAACUCAUCCCUCGGCUGAAGGGAGUCCUCACCAACCCCAACUGUGAAUUUGAGUCUAAUUUUGUGGCCAUUCACACGUUAGCCACGUGGUAUAAGUCUAACAUGAACGGAGUGAGAAAAGAUGUUGUCAUGACGGACAGUGAAGACAGCACCGUGUCCAUCCAGAUAAAGUUGGAAAACGAAGGCAGUGAUGAGGAGCUAGAAACAGACAUCCUCUACAGCCCACAGAUCGCGCUCAAGCUGGCUCUCACUGAAUGGCUGAGCGAGUUUGGAGUGCCUCACCAGUACAACAGUCGGCAGGUUCCUCACAGUGGAACUAAAAGCACUUCUAUAGAUGUUCCUGCACUCACUGUGCCCAGUCUAGGCACUUCCACGUCAGUGACUACAGUCUUCCAACAGCCCAUCAUGAGUCCAACCGUGCCCCUUAGCGAUGAACUGCAUGUGCUUGGCAAAGAAGAGGAGGUGGAGGUGGAGAAGAAGGAGUCUGACGAAGAACCCAUGGAGAUGGUCGUGGAGAAACACGACGAGGUGGAAGACACUAAAAAUGUCAACCAGAUCCUCACAGAGAUUGUCAAGGCUAAAAUGACAGAAGAUCUCAGACCCAUGGACACAGACAAAGAGAGCAUAACAGAGUCCAAGUCCCCAGAGAUGUCCAUUCAAGAGGAUUCAGGCAGCGACAUUGCACCAAUGCAGACUGAUGAUCAGCUCAACAAGGAAGUGUUUGUUCCAGGCCCCAACGAGAAGCCAAUGUUAACUACUGAGCCACUUACUCUGGAGGAUCUGACCCUGCUAGCUGAACUCUUCUACCUUCCAUACGAACACGGUCCCAAAGCAGUACAGAUGCUGAAAGAGUUUAACUGGUUGAGAGCAAAUAGCAAUUAUGUUAGUGUAAACUCCAAAGCAAAGGAUCCAGAGAAGGUAGCUGAAUGGCAAUCCAGAGCGGAAACAUUUGAGGAGAUGUGCUGCUCCGUCAUCCAGAUGUUCACCAGACUCUCCAACUCAGCCAACAGGACCAUUCUUUAUGACCUGUAUCCCUAUAUCUGGGAUAUAAAGAGUAUCGUCUCAAUGGUGAAAUCAUUUGUUCAGUGGUUAGGGUGUCGUAGUCAGUCGUCAGCACAGUUCUUAAGUGGCGACCAAGAGCCCUGGGCCUUUAGGGGCGGUCUAGCAGGAGAGUUCCAGAGACUGUUGCCAAUUGAUGGGGCAAAUGAUCUUUUCUACCAGCCACCACCACCAAUGCCAACUUCCAAAAUCUAUACCAUAAGGCCUUACUUUCCCAAAGAUGAGUCUGCUGUCUACAAGAUCUGCAAAGAGAUGUUCACUGAGGGCUGUGACGGUAUCUCUUUCUCAGAUGAGUCACCAGACCUUAUUGGAGACAGGUUAGUGGGAGGUUUCCUGACGCUCAGCCCAGACUAUGGGUUUGUGCUUGAGGAUGAGGAAGAUAUCUGUGGCUAUGCUCUGGGCACUUUGGAUGUCAAACCUUUUGUGAAGAAAUGCAAGAUGAGUUGGAUUCCAUUCAUGCAGGAGAAAUACAACAAGCCAGACACAGAGAAGGACCUGUCAGAAGCUGAGAAAAUGAUGCUAAGUUUCCAUGAGGAGGAGGAAGGCUUACCAGAAUCAUUCCUCAGUAACUUCCCAUCACUCAUUAAAGUGGACAUUCACGCAAAGGUUACUGACCCCAGUGUUGCCAAAAGCAUGAUGGGAUGUCUCCUCUCAUCAUUGAAAGCCAAUGGUUCACAUGGUGCUUUCUGUGAGGUCCGCCAGAUGGACAAACGGAUGUUGGACUUUUAUAGCAAACUGGGCUGCUUUGAAGUGGCCAAAAUGGAGGGAUUCCCAAAAGAUGUUAUAAUUAUGGGGAGGAGUUUGUGAAUCUGAGCUGCUGAAAAAAAAAAAAAAAGUACAGCGGGAGCCUUCCAGAAAUUGCACAAAGCUUCUGCCCCAACACGCUACCUGUUCAUGUGACUAUCACAAGUUUUGUAAUGGCAACUCUGGUGACUUUAGCUUCAUUCACAUCAUAUGUCAAAUCCACCUCUAGAAAUUUAGGUGCUGUUAAUUCACUUUGCCAGUGCGUGGUGGAAGUUUGAAAGUGGGUGUACACACAUGCACACAUUGGUGUGUUCAGAAAUGGAAAAAUAAUUGAAGUGGCUUUGCAAGGUUAAUUCAGGACGCAUGAGUAACUUUGAGUUUUUUCUGGUGUACCGUUUGCUUGAGUUGGCCAUUGAACCCACUAAAUCUCUAAGAUAUGGCUGAGUUGCAGUUUGUGUUCAGAAUAUGUGCAUGUUUAAGUUAACGUCUAGUUUCUAGACUGAAAACUUGCCAUUACUUGACAGGAGACAUCUUCACUUUGCUGUUUUUAAUAUUUCAUUUCAGUGCUUUAUAUGUUCAAAGCAAUAAUCUAGAAGGACUUCAUAACUUUGUUUUUGCUUUCUAGGACAUACAUUUCCAGAUUCAAACUGUGUCUGUGAGCUCUCUUAUGGAGAACACAACAGGCUAAAGCUAUCCUUUGAGGUUUGGGAUGCUGCUCUAUUAUUUAGAAAAGAAAAAAACUGAAAUUGAACUUUGAGCAGGCAGAAGUAAAUUCAGAUCAAAUCUGUUGUCUUUAAGACCGCAUGGGGUACUUUUGUGUAAACCUUUAGCAUGUGUAUCUUUUAGGUGUACAAUUUUUUAUUUUUUACAAAAACACCUUUUGGCUCUUGCCCUUCUCUGGAAUAUAUUUGAGGGUAAUGAAAAGUAAUUUCCUACAGUUCUUACUUUGUUUAAAAUGGUAAAUGAUACAAUUCUAAGACACAAUGGGGUUGCAUUAUAAUUCUGAGAUGCUUAUGUUUAACAAAAGAAAAAGAAGUACAAUUUGUAUUGUAAACCUCAAGACCAAUGCCCUGACACUAAUCAAAGUGAAAACUGAAAAUAAAUGCUGGUACAUUAGUGAAUUAUCAUUAAAAUACCAGAGAUAUUUAUUUUUCUUAUGCCUGAAGAGAAUAACUUUGCUUGUUCUUAAAUGACCGUCUUCCUCUUUAUCAGUAUAUUUAAAAAUCCCUACAGUUGAAGUCCGCUCUGCAUUAUAAGUGCUAGGAUUGUUUUCCUGAAUGUAGGUGCGAAAGAAACUCUGUAUUUACUCCCUUUUUUUAA